AUGAAUAACAAUCCUGCUGCUCGUCCUCCCAUGCUGAACGUUUCUACGGUCAUCAAAUCCAAAUGGAAAAUCCAAGGCAAACUCGGACAAGGUGCUUUUGGUGAAACCUAUGCUGCUGUUGAUCUCCAUAGUGGUGAAGAUGUUGCUAUCAAAGUUGAAAAAUUGGAUAAUAAGAAGAUGAUUCUCAAAUUAGAGGUCAUUGCUUUAAAGAAGGUUCAAGCCUGUCCCUAUGUGGUGCGGUACAUUCAUAGUGGUCGCCAAGAUGAUUAUAACUUUUUGGUGAUGGAAAGGCUUGGAGAAAGUUUAGCCGACCUUCAAGGUGUACAUAAAUUGGGUUAUAUCCAUCGUGACGUAAAGCCCUCUAACUUUGUGAUGGGAAGAUCAAAACCUAAACGUGGUAGAGCUUAUCUAAUCGAUUUUGGUUUGGCACGUAAAUAUAAACUUCCAAGUGGCGAGAUUAGACCUCCUCGUCGCAAUGCAGGAUUUAGAGGUACAGCUCGUUAUGCAUCGAUAAAUUCACAUCACUCAAAAGAAUUGGGAAGACGAGAUGAUUUAUGGUCAGUCUUCUAUGUUCUUGUUGAAUUUGCAUUAGGAUCUUUACCUUGGAGAAAAAUCAAAGACAAAGAACAUAUUGGUGAACUUAAAGAACGCUUCACAAAUGCUGAGCUGGUAAAAGAUUUACCCAAUGAAUACCAACUUUUUAUGGAACAUUUACAAAAAUUAGGUUAUGCUGAUGAACCUGACUACGAUUACUUGAAAUCUCUACUUUUACAAGUUUAUAGCAGGGAGGGAUAUUCUCAUGAUGAACCAUUUGACUGGCAAAGAAAAGAAAAAACUUCUGUGCCUCCUCAAAUUGACAUCACAAGUAUUGUGGAUGACCAACCAGUUGUUUCUGCUGAUGACAGAUUGCCAAAUAGAUUUGUGACAGGUGGUCCAAAGAGCUUGGAUAAUGAGAAUCAAAAGCCUGCUCAAGGAAAUAAGAAAAAUGAUAAUGAGGAAUCGGAAAAGUCAGGAAAAGGUUGUAAAUGUAUUAUUUUGUAA